AUGUCAAACUUGGGAAGCUUGGUCACAACUUUCACUCCGGGCUAUCCCGCCUGCACCACAUCUCUGUGGUACAGAGGCUAUCCAAGUAGGGGUGGCGACCUCGUUCUGGGCUUGCCCGGCACCUCCUCAACAUGGUGUCUGCCACCCGACUUUCGCUACGGAGCAACCAACUACUAUUCCCCAGGCAUCUGUCCAGCGGGCUACUCCUAUGGAUGCACAUCGACCGCCACACGCUCCGGCGAAGAAACAACGAUAGCAACCUGCUGCCCAAGUGGCUGGGCAUGCCGCAACGACCCCUCCGCCGCAUACGCCUGCGUCUCCGUCCUCACGGCCGCCACGGACCUCACCAUCGGCAGCUACGAGAUGUCCACGCCGACUGGAGCCACAGCAUCCACCACCCGCCUCAUCACCGGCGGCACCACCGUCGCCCACGCUACAAAGGGCCUGUCGGCCUUUGCGUGGGGCCCCAUCGUGCGCCGCGCAUCUGGCGACCCUACCUGGCCCACCACCCGCACCGCCACGGCGGCAGCCUCGUCGUCAUCAUCAUCAUCCACAACCUCCUCCUCCGAUUCGACCACCAUCGCCGCCGCCGCCGCCGCAAGCACAACCACGACCACCGCUGCAGAAUCCGGAUCGGGAUUGUCCACGUCGCUGAGCACCGGUGCUAAAGCUGGCAUUGGCGUUGGCGCGGCUGUUGCUGGCCUGCUUGUCAUCGCUGCGUGCGUGCUGAGGAGGAGAAGGCGGAGGCGGAGGCAACGGGAUCACACCCUGCCUCCGAUGGACGACGACUCUGUGGGUGCCGGCGCCGACAUGGCUGCUCCUCCGAUUGCAGAGUUACCGGCGGAAGAACCGCUGGAGCGGCGGCCGCAGGAGCUGCAUGGGAAUGCGCUGCUGGAGGCGCCGGUGGAUAAGGAAGGGGAGAGGGGGCAAAGUGGUGCGAAGCCUGCGGAGUUGGCGGGGGUAUAG